GGAUGGUUGUGAGCGCGAGAGAAAACUGCUACGAUGUACCGCAGUACGGAGUGGUGAGCUGCGAGUUGGCUCCUCGACAGUGAAAAACCAGUGAGCUGGAGGACGCAAGCUGACAGAGCCCACACAGUGACACGUUAUCGAAACUGAUCCAGAUUUUGUUCAACCCUGCUUUUCUCUCAUCCGCCAUUUCUACUCAGCGAGAGAGAUCCUCGCGCGUCUCGUUUCCCACCGCCACGAUCAUGUGAUAUUUCAUGUCAUCACUGUCGAAUGCUGGUCAUCGGCUCAAGGACAAUCAAAGUUAUCGCACGCCACCCUGAGAGACGAGUCGUUUCGAUGUUCGUAGAAGAAAGAGGGAACAUCCCUGUCGCGUGUGUCGGUGUCUGAUGUAAUUUGAGGGAAUCCGAUGGAGAUGUUCUAGCUAUUGUGUCAUGUCAAGGCCGAUGCAGUAUGUACCAUGUCGACACGUCUCGUCGCUGGUUCGACCGCGAUAUUUCGAUCUUCGACGAUCGUCCCCGGAUUUCUCGGGAGAGAGAUUCGUUGCAUCGCCACGAUAUUGAGCGCACCGGGCGGUUGAACGUUGCGAGCAGUUUCUUCGGAAGCCCCGAUCAGCUGAUUCCCCGUUUCGUCACCGAUGGUAAUCGAGGCUGUGACAACUGUUAACGACGACGACGACCAUCACCACCGACGUUGAUCGUCGAUUCGACACGCUUGUCGGUGGUUACGUUUUACUACCUCGUUAAACCGGGCUCUGUCGAGAACGUUUCGUAGACGUUUUUUUUCUUACACUUACGACCUCGUAUCGAUCAAGUCGAACGAUGCGUGGCUCGUUCGCCGAACAAUGAACACCGAAACCGACGAGGAUGAAAUGGACAAUAACGUUGUCGUUUCAGUGCACGCUCGUCGAAUUGACAAUCGUUCACGUAGAAAAGGGACACCGUAUUGUGUGCUGAUUUCAAGUGUACGAUACCGAGUUGUUUAUCGGCGAGGCAUCUGACGUUUCGCGCUGAAAGAUUUAUACCAUGGAAGAAAUCUGAAGGUAACAUCGGGAAUAACCUCGAAACACGCACAGAGCAAGCCUUAACGACGUCCUUUCUAGAAAGUAAGCGGCUGUAAUGGAAAAAAGAAAAAGCAGAAUCGAUUGAUCGCUUCGCAACUUGUCGCAAACUUGUUCCUAACGAAACGUUCACACCAUCAGCGACAUACCGGUGUUUAACGAGCGCUGACGAACUAACGUUGCAAUGUUCAUGACCUUCCAUGUCGUCACGUGACAUCGUUUAGAUCAAUUAGACAUCUGUCGUGGCAAGGAGCUGCUGUCGUCGACGACGGCUGAAAUAUCGGCCGAUUGAAACCACAGGCAAUCAAUUAAGUCGCCCGCUGGGAGAAACGAUUCGUUUAAUUACGAUUCGUUUAUGAUACGUCCGACUCGAUACGAGCCAACAGUCACAAUGGCAGAAACACUGGUACAAACGUUUGCACACAUGGCUCGAACGGUGUUGCGAUAAUGCGUCGGACGGGAAACAACGAUCGUUUGGACUUCCUGCAAUUAGCACCGUGGAUAACGAGGGUAACGAGGAUGCGUUUGUCGAAUACAGUGCAUACCUUCGGCGCGUCGGGCCUCAACGAAGCACGAUGAUGUUUGUUAUCGACGAUAAACGAUGGCUCCGAUCGCGAGGCUGAUUCAACGUUAUUUCACGUCGGUCGGAAGAUCGAUAACGCCGUUCUCCAACGGACUUUUUAUGCCCCAAGCGCGUCCGAUUUUUGAGGAUUAUUGUUAAACAUAGACGAUAGACGUGUUGUACGUUCAUAGAGGUUCACUUUUGAGAUUAUUGUUGAAGCUGCUCACGUUUGAUAGUUAACGCUAGAUUAAUAGCUGUUCCACUGUUUUCCAUUGUUCCAGCAAUUUUGCGCGAGACGCGUAAUUUUGAAAGAAUUUUCCUUACGAUUGAUACAUAUACAUAUACAUAUAUAUAUAUAUAUCGCAAGUAUAUACACAGUUAUAUAUCGAAACGUUGUAACAAUUUCGGUCCGAAAGUAAGAACCGAAGUUGCACUUGUUAACCGGGGUCACUAGCUCACUUGAGAAAUUUCGAAAAUUUUAAACGAAGAAUUCGCAAUCCGUCGCGAGCGAACAAACUUCAAGAUUGAAUAGCUAUUGAUUUCGCACGCUUAGUCGCCGACGUUUUAUUCUUAAUUAAUUGAUAGUAAAUAACUACGUAGAAGUUGAAUCGUAGUUGGGACGAGGACAAACUUUCGCGAUCCGAAAACAAUUUGUUUGUCCUGUUUCUUUUUUUUUUUUCUUUUUCGAGGGGUAAUUUCAGUUCUCGUCAACUACUUACGAAGAAAGUUUGCCGAGAAUUAAUAUAUAUACACAUAUGUACGAUCAAAAGAGUCAACCGUGGAGUUUGAUGCGUCGAGUUUAUCGAUUAGAAAUUACUGACAUCUCGAAGCGAGUACAAAUUGCUCUCGAAGCGAUUAAGUUAAUUUGUCGUCGUUGGAAGAUCGUUCUCUGCUUACGUAUCCCAUUCACGAGAAGAAAUCAUUCUCGGCAAGCGAAGAAAUCAAAAGGAAACUAAAAGUGAAAUUUAAUCAAUCAAAUCCUAUUUAACGAGUCGUUCUGAGGAACGAAAGUAAAGAAUCAAACAAACGUUACAAUAAAUAUAUCCUCAGAGAAAAAAAAAAAAAAAAGAAAGCGAAGGUAGAACGAGAUUAAAAGAUCAAAACCUUAAUCACGUCGACGAACGGGGAGAAGCGAAAAGCGAGGAGGAAGAAUAAUCAAAUCUUCGACUGUACGCUGCGACCGGAUCGAUCUGUCAUAGCAAUCAUGGUGGGGAAAUGUUUCAAGUUGUGCGAUCGGUUCGAUCGCUCGGAAGUGAUCCGCGAUCUGUUGAAACACGACGUUUGGACGCACCGCGUCACGUAAUCCGCGAUGUGAUAGUGGCAAAGAGGAGAUGACGAUAUCGGAGGGACACCGUAGAUCGAUUCGUUCGCCGGUUGAACGAUCACGCGCAACAAAGUGAAGCUCCCACCGGGAAAGAGGGAACAUCGGGCGAACGAGUCGGCGUUCCGUCAACUGUUCGCCCUGUUUCACCAGCGUAAGCCUCGGGAUCCUCUUCGAGGCCAAAACGCUGCCUCGUCGGUCCCCCUGCUCGAAAUGGGCGCCAGGGCAUGGGACUACGAGGCACUGCCGGAACUUCAUACCUCGGCUGCCGUCACGCCGACCUCCACGCCGCCGAAUGCACAACAGAAGAUGCACUCGCCGAGGGUAUACUUCCAGCCGGAGAAUUUGGCCUCCACCAGGAGACGGAGCAGCUCGAGGUUGUUCGCGCCCCAAUCCUCCUACAGGAGACGCAGCAGAAGCAUGAGCGCAUGGGGCGACCUGUCGAGAUCCUCGUUCAAACUCGAUGAGAGGUAAGUGACAAUUCAAGGGAUCUGUCUUCUCUGUCGAGUGAGUAACUGAAUUUUAAUGUGUACAGCGACGAUUUAUUAAAAUCACGUGGAUUGGAUAAUUCCACGUAAAAAUACAGUUUCAGUAGAACGUGAGAAGCAAUUACCCGCCUCGAAAACGAAUGUCGAUAAACUUCGAUUAUAAUAAUAUGAGACCGGG